AUGCACCGCUCCAUGCACCGCUCCAUGCACCGCUCCAUGCACCGCUCCAUGCACCGCUCCAUGCACCGCUCCAUGCACCGCUCCCACGGCACAGUGGACAUCCAGCCGUCUGCCUUUGGAGUUUCUGCAGUCUCUGGCGUCUCGGGAACCCAGAGCUCGUCUACGGCUCAGCGCGGCCCUCAACUCGUGCUGUGCACCACCAGCACUACUGCCCAGCAGCUGUGCGUUCAGCGGGACGGAAAUGCUCUCUAUGUCCAGCUUCAUGGGGAUUUAGUCAGGAGGCUUGACCCCUCUGAGAGGCCUCUACAGAUGGUUUAUGAAUACUUGACAGCUUUGGGAUACUCAGACCCAGUGCGGAGGCAACAGGAAGCAGCCAGCGCAGACCUCAGCUGUUUGAUCCGCUUUUACAGUGAGCGCCCAGUGAAUGCAGACCAACAAGAGCGCACCUUGCUCCAAGGUGUGUUCAGCGUAAGGAAAGGGAAGACGCAGUUGCACAAAUGGGCCGAGAGGCAGGUGGUCCUGUGUGGCACGAGUCUCAUCGUGGCUUCAGUGAAGGACAGUCUGACAGGAAAGAUGCACAUCAUGCCUCUGGUUGGAGGAAAGGUGGAGGAGGUAAAGAGAAGGCAGCUCUGCCUGAUGUUCAGCUCUGCAGGAUCACAGGCACAGACCUACUUUGUUAAUUUUGACACGUUGGUAGACUACCAGCGCUGGUAUCGACAAGCCAUGAAGGUAGUCUCCCAGACAGUCAGUCUGGUGGACCUGUCCUGCUACAGCCUCGAGACAGUGCCUGAAUACCUCUUUUAUUGCCAGGAUAUCACUCACCUAAACCUCCGACAUAAUUUCAUGGCCCUCGAAGGUUCUGGCAGUCUAAUCAAUCUUCCGAGAUUUUCUCAACUGAAAAGCUUGAACUUGUCCCACAACCGUCUGGGGGUGUUUCCUGAAUGUGUGUGUGAUGUCGUCACUCUGAACGAGCUCAACCUAUCAUGCAACAAUCUUUAUAACAUUCCGUCACAGAUUGGCAAGCUUCUUAGCCUGCAGACUCUGUUUUUGGAUGGGAAUCAUCUGGACCUUCUGCCUGAAGAGCUGGGGGGCCUUUCCCAGCUCAAUAGCCUGGGACUCUCCUUUAACAACUUUUCACAGAUCCCAGCCGUGUUGGAAAGACUGAGUGGUGUAGACAAACUGGCCAUGGCAGGCAACAGAGUGGAGAGUCUGGAGCUGUUUACGUUGGUCAAAAUAAACCAUCUGAAAAAUAUUGAUCUUCGUUUGAAUGGAUUACGGUGUGUGAAAAGUGACAUGCUGGAGGCAGUGAGUCAGGUCACUCAACUGGACUUGCGGGACAAUCAUUUGGCUUCCUUGGACCUCAGUUCUGUUUCAAACUUGGAGAUUUUGCACUGCCAGCGCAAUCAGCUGGGGAUGCUCACUCUCAGUGGAUUCACUCUCCGUAUGCUCAACGGCAGCAACAACCGCCUUACAACAGUAAGCAUUUAUCCUGUCCCAAACCUUCUGACACAUUUGGACAUAUCACAAAGAGACUUUGGAAACGUGGAGCCCGUACACGAGCCACGGGGUGGAGCGGUGGUUGCGGUUAUAUGCGGCUACGUGGAGCAGACCGAGCUACAGGACCGAGCUGCAGGACCGAGCUGCAGGACCGAGCUACAGGACCGAGCUACAGGACCGAGCUACAGGACCGAGCUGCAGGACCGAGCUACAGGACCGAGCUACAGGACCGAGCCAAGGACCGAGCUGCAGGACCGAGCUGCAGGACCGAGCUACAGGACCGAGCUACAGGACCGAGCUGCAGGACCGCGCACCGCAGAUCAUCGCUGGACAACAUUGGAUCACACAAAGGCGCCCAACGAUCGAGAUAGGAACCUUUUGGAGUACCUUCCUGAUUGGGUGUGUGACUGCAGCAAAAUUGAAACAGUGGAUGUUGCAUAUAACCUCCUAUCUGAGCUCCCAUCAAGAUUGCUCAGCAGUUUAAGUUUGAGGAAAUUGAUGGUGGGAAAUAAUAAUUUGCAGAAAGUGCCUGACCUCCUUGAUCACAUCCCUCUGGAGUCUCUGGACCUUCAGCACAAUAAGCUCUGUUCACUUCCAGAUAAUCUCUUUUGCAAAGCCUUGAAUCUUAAAUAUAUGAAUGCGUCAGCCAAUGCCUUGGAGAGUAUCCCCUCCUGCAUUCAAUCAGAAGAGAACCUCAGUACACUCCAGGAGCUGUACCUUACCGGAAAUAAUCUGAACGAGACCUGUGCUUCUGUGCUUGUGGGACACCAGAACCUGCGAGUGCUUCAUGUUGCUUUCAAUAAUCUACUCUCCUACCCACCCAGUAAACUAAGUAAACUGGAGUUUUUGGAAGAGCUGAACCUAAGUGGAAACAAAUUAAAGUUGAUUCCCUCAACAGUAUCCAGUUGUAAGAAAUUGCAUACACUUAUAGCGCACUCCAAUCACAUUACUGUAUUCCCGGAGAUCCUCAACCUUCCAGAGAUCAAGCAUGUCGACCUUAGCUGCAACGAGUUGACUGAAAUCCAGCUACCAGAAAACCUGCCUUCCUCUCUGCAAGAGCUUGACCUUACAGGCAAUAACUGCCUGACACUUGAGCACAAAGCCCUCAACCUCUUCAGCCACAUCACAACGUUAAAAAUAGAUCUGAAGAGCACCACAGCAGGAGAAUCACAGAGCGCCUCUACUCCAUGGAAUCAUGGAUUGUCAGAAACUCAUGGUCAAAGAAACAAGUUGUGUGUUUCUGUGCUGGCGAUUGAUCAGCUUGGAGACAGUACAGAAGCCUGCUAUGGUGUCUUUGAUGGAGAUCGCAAUGAAGAGAUACCGAGACUACUACAGUGCACAAUGGGAGAUGUGCUCUGUGAGGAAAUUCAGAACUCUAGCAUUGACUCAGUGUAUAUGUCCAACACAUUUCUAACAUCUCACAGAAAACUUGGCAUGGCUGGUCAGAAGCUUGGUGCCUCUGCCUUGAUUUGUUACAUUCACCAUGAGCCUUCAGAUCUCACAGGCUCCUUCAGUCUAACUGUGGCCAAUGUUGGGACUUGCCAGGCUGUACUCUGCCGCGAUGGUAAACCAAUCCCAUUAUCAAAGGUGUACAGUUUAGAGAACAGCACCGAAGAAAUGGAAAGAAUAAAAAGAAGUAAAGCUAUUAUUACAGAGGACAACAAAGUAAGUGGCGUAACAUGCUGCUCUCGCCUGUUGGGUUGUUCGUAUUUGUCUCCUUGGGUACUCCCUGAACCUUAUGUGCACACGGUACCGCUCUGUUCCCAAGAUGAGUUCUUGAUCCUGGGCAAUCGUGCUCUAUUUGAAAGGGUCUCUUACCAGGAGGCUGUGUGCACUGUGCAGGCUGUGCGAGAUCCACAUGCUGCUGCAAAGAAGCUGUGUUCCCUUGCUCAGAGUUACGGCUGUAAAGACAACAUUGAUGCUUUGGUGGUGUCGCUCCUCACUGGUGUGGAAAGAUGUACAUGUGAAAACAAUGUCAGUGAGCCACAUCUGGGACUUCCUGUAAACUCUCCACCUCUAACUGUUCCUCCAAUGCCCUCAGAGCCAGCUGCUUUGUCACCCUGCUGUGGUGGUGUGUGGAACAGUGAAACUUUAGAGAAGGGCAGUGAGGCUAUGUCCAUUCCAUCUGAUGAGCAUACUCCACACUCAGAGAGGAGUUGCAGUAUUCACCCUGCCACACUCGUGUGUGGGAUCAUGGUGCCAGGAUCCUUAAAUCAGCACCCUGGCAUCUUCCAGAGGCAACCAUCUUGUGCUACUUUCUCAAACAACCAAUCAGACAACAACUUGGACAGUGAUGACGAGGCUCAGGUUCAUGGGGUCAUCUCAAACGGCAGCAAGAUGGAAGUGGAGGAAGCAGUGGAGGCUCCUAAGAAAAAGUCGGGCUACUUUACUGCCUCAGCACAGCAAGACCCAGAGGACCAGCUCAUAAUACCACCAUGUCUGGAGCAAGAGGUGCGGGAGCAGCUUCGAGGACAAACAUCUGUGGUGUCGUGCAUUUCAACAGCAUCUUUAACCUCUGCCCUCACCACUUCUGUGUGGCAUCAGCCACACGCCUCAGUAUUUACCCCUCCACUGAUUUCUGCAGCAGGCCCUUCCCCUAUGACCCAACAAGAAGUGUAUGACACUGCCCUCUAG